CAUAAGCAUAGGCCACGGUCACACUGCAAGGAUAUUUUUAACGUAUAUUAUGAAAAAUUAAAACGAUUACAAUUAUAUCGUAAUUAAGGUUGUGUUUUCCUGAUAAGUAACUGCUUUGUGAUACUCGUGUUGCUCGAACAAUGUGCCACAUAUCAAACUGGAGUUCGCUGAAAAUUGUGCUAGCCCUCCUCUCGGUCAAUAUAUUUUGGCUUAUGAAAGUGUAUCCCCCGGCAGGAGGAGAAGCUCCGCAGAGGUGUCCGCCUCCAGAGGGCACUCCUCGUAGUCCUGCGGCGGCAGAGUGUCCCUAGCAUGCGGAUAUUGCCUAUGCUAUGCUGCAGCCGCUGAAUAAUCUGGAUGGUUUUGUGGCUCCCAAUAACUCUGCAUCUCUGGCCUUCGAGAACAUUGACCUGAGCUACGGACGGUGGGACAAUCAGCAGCUGUACAUGAUCAAGGAUUUCGCUUUGCUGGGCGAACAGUACAUGGAUACCUCGGACGGCAGUUUGGUGUGCCUGGCCACCCAGACUUCGGUGGAGCGCCUUAAUUCGCUACCCCAGGUGGCUGCCAAUUGGCAGGGCAAGAUGUCCGUGGCCGUUUUUGCCGCCGGUCAAGAAGAGUUUCUUGUCCUGCAAUACUUCGUCACCUACAUGCGCCUGUGCUUUGCCAACAUACGCGAGAAUGCCACCUUUCACCUGCUCAUGCCGAGGGACUUCAACAAGUUGCCCCGUGUGUUGGCUGUGCCGCUGAACAUGAAAGGCAAAUUUGACUGCCAAUACCCGGAUAGAACGCUCAAGUCCCUGCUCAAGUUCCGCUCCCUGAGAACGUUGCAGUGGCGACAGAGGAACACCUAUCCCCAGAACCAUAUGCGGAACCUGGCGCGCAAGGGCUGUCAGACGAAGUAUGUCUUUCUCACCGACAUCGACAUUGUGCCCAGCACGAACAGUGUUCCCCAGCUGAACCACUUCUUCAGGACAGCCAAUUGCUCCAAGAGCUGUGCCUACGUAAUCCCCACAUUUGAAAUCGACGUAAGAGCGACGUUUCCCCGCUCCAAGAAUGCCCUGAUACGCUUAAUAAGGAAGGGACUAGCCAGGCCUUUUCACGAAAAGGUCUUUAUCUACAACCAAUAUGCGACUAACUUCUCCAAAUGGCUGUCCACAAACACAAAUGAGACGGAGGUAUCUGUCAGCCAUAUUGUAACGAACUUUGAGUUUUUGUAUGAACCAUUCUACAUUGCUGUGGACAACGCACCAGCACACGACGAAAGAUUUCUGGGCUACGGGUUCACAAGGAACUCCCAAGUGUAUGAGAUGCAUAUAGCUGGGUAUCAGUUCUACGUACUUUCUCCCGUUUUCACCGGCCACUGGGGAUUGCAAAGAAAGCAGGCGAGACCGGCUUGGCGAGAGCAGCAGAACAACGCGAAUCGCCGGAAGUUUGAUGUUUUUAAAAGCGAAAUAUUUGUGCGAUACAAAAAUGAUCCACGACUGCUGUUGAAAUCGAAAAAGAAUCAAAUCCUAGUGAAAUAAAUACACCAUAGAUGAAAAGUA